AAUACAUUAAGUAGGUACAACUGAAAAUAUAAGAUAUAUUUUACCAUGUACAACUUUUCCAAUUUUAUAUACUGAUGGCGUUAUUGAAAAUAGUAGUUUUAAUAUUGUGUGUUUCAAAUGAAAUAAUUGCAACCAAAGACCAAUCAAAAAAUGGCAAUAGUGACAUAAUAAAUGUUUCAUCUACUAUUCAUUCAGAAGAAUCAACAAAUUGGUCUGUUGGAACAAAUGGUACAGAAGAAACAAGUGAUCAAAUUUUAACAAAUAAAAAUGCUACAACCGAUAUAAAUGUGAAUACAAGUGAAAUAAAAGAACAGCAUUCAUCAACUAAUUCAUUAGAUUUGCUUUAUGCUAAAGAUUCUACUACAGACACUGAAGUUUCUGAAAUGCUUGACAUUCCUGGACAGGUUAAAUAUGAUUUAGCCCCAGAACAUUCACAGGCAAUAAAAGAUAAUGGACCUAUUGACACACAGAUCUUGCUGUUGGAUCAUUUCUAUCACAUUAACACAGAAGAAAAGAAGUUUGAAGAAUCUAAAACCGGUGGUCCACUUGAGUCUUCUGGUUUGGUACCAGGAAAGAUGGUGGGUUUACUAGCUGGGGUGUUCUUGGUUAUUUCAAUAGCUGGAUAUGUGGUUUUGGUGUCAUGGAGGAAGUAUCUUGAGAAACGUUAUGCGAGUCCGUUGAACAUGUCCCUCGAAGAAAAAAUGGAAGUGGACAAUCGCAGCGUCUACGUUGGAAACGUGGACUACGGAGCGACUGCCGAAGAACUGGAGCAACAUUUCCACGGAUGCGGUUCGAUCAAUCGUGUCACGAUUUUGUGCAAUAAGUAUGACGGCCAUCCAAAGGGAUUCGCUUACAUCGAAUUCGGCGACAGGGAUUCCGUACAGACCGCCAUGGCUAUGGACGAAUCGUUGUUUAGAGGAAGACAAAUAAAGGUGAUGCCAAAAAGGACCAAUCGCCCAGGCAUAUCAUCGACGAAUCGACCGCCCAGAGGCAGAGGAUCAUUCAGAGGGACUAGAGGCACAGUCAGCAGAGGCUUUUACGCUGGAUACAGACCGAUGCGCAGACCAAGGGGUUUUAGACGAGGAUAUUUUGCUCCGUAUUAGUAAGGAAAAAAAAAAACAUUCAAUUCAAUCAUUAUUUUUCCAAAAAAAAAAACAAAUGCCAUCCUCAUUUUUCCAAGUACCAAAAAAAGAACGAAUAUAAAAAAGAAAAAAGGACACGAAAAAAAAAAAGAUUGAAAAAAAAAAAAGAAAAUAGAGGAAGAAAAAAUAGUGAAAAAAAAAACUUGUUUGUGAUUUUAAGUGUAUUAAAAAAAAACAGUCUUAAUUUAAAGUACAAAAAAAAAAUGUUGUUUUCACACGAAUCGUCUUUGCAUUUAAUUUGUCUCGAGAAAAAAAAAUGAGCAAAUUUUAAAUUGUUGCAUUGCGAGGUGAUUGUAAUUAUUUUUAUUUUUUAAAUAAUUUUCUUUUUAUAAGUUUUCAGGUACCUCUGCUUACUUGGGGUAUAUUUUUUUUAUUCACAACAUUACACAAAAUAAUGUUAAAAGGUGUGUUAUAAGAUGGCCAAUAAAUCCUAAAUCAA